GUCAGUGAAAGUUUUCAUCUCACAAUGGAUUACUCUAAACGUUUUACAGAAAAGGCAAAUAAUAGAAUUCCCAAUUUUAUUAGUCAUAUGGCCCUAGCGUACAGUAAAAAUCCAACUGCGAUAUUUUUUGCUGGUGGUUUGCCGAAUACUGAAACAUUUCCAUUUAAGGAGGUGAGUGUUGCUUGUAAAGAUGGCACUUCCAUUGAACUGCAAGGACGUGAUGUUGAUGUGUCAUUUCAAUAUGGACCAACUAAGGGAUACCUUCCGCUAGUGGACAAAUGGCGAAAAUUCCAGGAACAGUGGCACGCACCAAAGUUUAACGACUGGGACGUUCAUUUCACCGCUGGAUCUCAAGAAGGAUGUAGCAAAAUUUUUGAAUUGUUUAUUAACACUGGAGAUUCUGUAAUGGUACAAACUCCAACUUAUACAGCAACUCUACGAGCGAUAAUACCAUUGCAGCCGGAAUUCAUAGAAAUCCAUCAAGACGCAGAGGGAGUGAAACCUGAGGAAAUUGAAAAAAUUUGUAAAAAGAAACUUGAUGCCAAAAAGCCAUUGCCAAAAUUUCUUUACGUGAAUCCAACGGGUGCUAAUCCUACGGGAACUGUGCUGUCCGAUAAGAGGAAGCACAAAAUCUACGAAUUAGCGCAAAAAUAUGAUUUUCUCAUUUUGGAAGAUGAUCCUUAUUAUUUUCUUCAUUUUAUGAAUAAGCAACCAAUUUCAUUUUUAUCCAUAGACACUGACGGUCGUGUCGUUAGAUUUGAUUCUUUUAGUAAAAUUUUAAGCGCCGGCCUUCGAUUGGGAGUUGUAACGGCCCACAAGGAUAUUCUUGAGAAAAUGUCUCUGCAUAUCCAGUGUACAAGUCUCCAUCCAUCAUCAUUGUCGCAGGUUCUGGUUUACAAGCUCUUUGAAUCUUGGGAUCAAGAGAAAUUUCAAAAUCACUUUAAGAGUAUACAAAAUUUUUAUCGUCAACGACGUGAUAUGAUGCUGGCUGCCAUUGAAAAGCAUCUUACUGGUUUGGCCGAAUGGACAAUUCCAAAUGCUGGUAUGUUUUUCUGGGUAAAAAUAACAGUUUUAGACGAUGUUUACGAAAUGGUGAUGAAACAGUGUAUCGAUCAGGGAAUUUACGUUCUUUCUGGGCACAUUUUUUAUGCGGACGACAAAAAGAAGUGUCAAAAUAUUCGAUUAUGCUACAGUUACGCAACUAAAGAGGAAAUCGAAAAGGGACUCAGUCUUUUGGCGAAAAUAAUAAAAGACGAAUCAGCCAAAAAUGGAAAA